UGACUUGAGAACCUCUCUCGCCGCCUUUCCCAGUCACAUGAUAUCGGAGUCCUUGCUCAGGAACGGUCAUGCUGAAUCCUACCAACAAAUCAGAGAUGACUACGUAGAAGUGAGGGUGAUGUUUGACGGAAUGAUCCAGUACCACGUGGAGCACGUGCCGGAAAUAACACCCAGCGACAUAUUCGGCAAGCUAGGAGGACAGAUGGGGUUCUUCCUCGGUGCUAGCCUCCUCACCCUCACUGAGCUGAUUGAAGUGGUUAUACGGACAGUAAUUAUUGUUGCCUUUGAAAUCACUGAAAGGCGCAAACACGUUGCGGUAAAUAGUAAACACUAGCAUCAGCCGUCAGGGGAAACUACUCUGGCUUGGUAAACAUGGUUUUAUUACUUUUCAUUAUUUAUCGUUUCAUGUUACAGCAAUGUUCAUGAUAGAUAAUUUUCAGAAUGUUGGAAAUUGAGACUGGUAAGGUAAACCUGUGGUCGAUAUUGUGAACACCUUCUCCCAUCCGGGCACAUUGCCAGCCAAGCCACCGAGCCUUACUAACCGAUCCAUGAUGUACACAAAGAUUGUGACUUGCAAAACGCUUUUCAAAAUAUUUACGUUGUGUUUGAAAAGUGAUUAAAGUCCCCAAACA